AUGUCUGAUCUAUCGAGACUAUCGGAGUCUAGAGCAGUGAAUAAUGUCCUGAAAAACCUUGAUUCAAUAAUUCGCGAGGCACUUCAUAGAGAGAUAUGUGGGUUUGACUUGAAGGAAGGUAACCCAAGAAUAGUAGAAGCUAUUGUCCGAAAGUUCCUCGAACAUAAUUCUCUGAUACCUCCGCUUCAGGUUCAAAGAGCAAGUUACGCUUUGCAAAAGACGUUGCGAUGGCGGCGCUUGUCUUCCCCACAAGCCCUUCUUGAGGAAGCAAAGUCCAUACUGCCACAAUUGGGUCUUUUCCAGGCGACUUUUCAACAGGGAAAACUUGUGAUGUGGACUAAGAUAGAUGAAGAAGUCAUGAAACGUUCUUCAUUGGUCCAUGAAAGCCUCAGCACAUCUCAGGGGAUCAUGAAGUUGGGCCUUGGAGCAAUAGAGCUUGUUGCUAGCUCCCUUCUAGCGGAUAUUUCCGGAAACGACAGUGACUCUAAUCAUUCGGCCUCCUGUGUCGUUGAAUUCAAUAUCCGUGAUACCUACGGAGGUCGUAGAGAUAAUCGGUCAUUUCGUUCUGUGGUGCAUCAGGCCCUGGAGGGAUUAGUGCCGCUAAUCCAUUCACACUAUCCGCUGCUCUUUGAGAAGAUAUACAUCAUACGCCCGUGCGAGGAAUAUCUUACGCGCCUUGAAAUUCCCGAAUGCUUGUUAACGAAGACGAUAAUUCUACAUAACCGAGACGAUCUAAAGCUUCACCUUGGAGUGGAAGCGCCACCGGAAAACGGUGCUGCUCGAGAACUACCAGCAAGUGGCGAUUCUUUAGAGCUUGAAUCCAUAGGAAAGGACGUGCUUCAGUCGGUGGGGAAGACAGAAACCGCGACGAAAGACUAUGUGACCGAGAACGAAGAGGAGUCUCCUUCUGGUUCAGAUCAAAAGUCCAGCACACAACCUCAGCCAGAACCGAUGGAGACUGAACCACGACUCAUAUAUUCAGAAAAUAUUGGAUUUCCAACUAUCAUUUUAGAUCCAGAAGAUCUGAAGACGGCCGAAGAUCUCUUCCCAGAAAAGAUGGGUGCUCGCGUGGUCUUUGCUGAUUCAGACAUGGUGACUAAAUUCGGUCAUGGCGUCGGGUUAGCUGAAGCCGAAGCUCUACAUUUAGCAUCUACGCGGACAACAAUACCUGUUCCAAGACUACUGAGCGCGUAUAUCCUUGAUGGGACAGGAUAUAUUAUCAUGUCGUACGAAGAAGGCGAAUCUCUAGAGAAUUACUGGGACCGGGUUUCGAAAACAGAACAAGACCGCAUACUAAGAUGCCUACAUGACUAUGUACGGCAGAUGCGUGAAAUCAAAGGCGAUUUUAUCGGCGGGCUUGACCGGUCCCCUUGCCGAGAUGGAAUUUUCGAGGCAGGCUACGGCGACUUCCAAAAAUACAGCUAUGGCCCGUAUCAAUCAGAAGAAGACUUCAACGAGGGUAUAGUCCAAGCCUUGCGAGACCGAAUACGUCCUGAAGUUCUUGCACGUGAGGAUGACGAGGACUCAAUCUUUUUUACCAGCGAAUAUAUAUUGUAUCAGACGGUAAGAGGGCUCAGAGGCCAUGAAAUAGUAUUUACACACGGCGGUCUGCACACUAGCAAUAUUCACGUUCGGCCUGAUGGCACGCCGGUAAUCCUGGAUUGGGGGUUGGCUGGGUUCUGGCCCGAGUACUGGGAAUUCUAUCGCGCUAUGUUUAAUCCUCCUUGGCGGCCGAUUUGGGAUCGCAUGGUGGAAAAGAUUAUCCCACCGUACUACCUAUGUGGAGUAUAG